AUGGCUUCGUCCGCCACCACAACAGUUUCUCUCGUCGGCCCGCCGGAGAUCCACCGGAAGUCUACCCCUCCCGCUGCUGCCACCGCCCCCGCCACCACGGGAAAUCCGUUCAUGGACCUCAUGGUGGCCAACUUCAAUAAGACGGCGGUCUCGGCCCCCCUCCCACCCAUGGGCUUCACCGAGAACUUCUCGCCGACAUUCCUUUCCUCCGGAAACCCCUGUCUGGACUUCUUCUUCCACGUCGUCCCCGACACGCCGCCGGAGGCCCUCGCCCAGCGCCUGAAGCUGGCCUGGGAAGACGACCCGCUGAAGGCCCUAAAGCUCGUCUGCAACCUCCGCGGCGUUCGCGGCACUGGUAAGACAGACAGGGAGGGAGGGUACACGGCGGCGCUGUGGAUCCACAAGAACCACCCUAAGACCCUCGCCUGCAACGUCGCCCCCCUGGCCAAGUUUGGCUACUUCAAGGACCUCCUCGAGAUCCUCCUCCGCCUCGUCGAGGGCCCCGACGCACGUACACAGGCUAAGGCCGCUUACCGGAGUUGGAAAUCGAGCGGCUCACGCCGGGCUCGCGAGCUUGCCAAACGCCGGCAGGCCAAAAAACCCAAACAGAUGGCCCCACGAUAUGGCAGCAUAAGGAAGAAGACUCACGGCCGGAUGAGGAGGACAUCAAACCGGCCGAGCAACUCGAAUGACCAGCCGAAACUAAGCAACGAGGAGAAGAGGCUCGAGCGGGCGAAGAAGGCCUUUGAGAGAUUCAGUUGCGACCCGGAUUACAGAUUCCUCCACGACCGUGUGUCGGAUUACUUUGCCCUGUGCCUGAGGUCGGACAUGGAGAUGCUAAACUCCGGCCAAUCGAACAAAAUCAGCCUUGCUGCCAAGUGGUGCCCCUCCCUCGAUUCCUCGUACGACCAGGUCACUUUGCUUUGUGAGCCCAUUGCCAAGAAAGUCUUCCCUAGGUCCGAAUAUCCCGAAUACGAAUUAGUGGAGGAGGCCCACUACGCUUAUCGUGUUCGGGACCGAUUACGUAAGCAGGUUCUUGUCCCUCUUCGUAAGGCCCUCGAGCUGCCGGAGCUCUACAUGAGCGCGAAACAGUGGAGUACACUCCCUUACAACAGGGUAUCCUCGGUUGCCAUGAAAAUGUACAAGCAGGUGUUUCUCGAGCAUGAUGAGCAGAGGUUCAGGGAGUAUCUCGAAAAGGUCGAUAAGGGUGAGGCCAAGAUUGCCGCCGGAGCAUUGCUUCCGCACGAGAUAGUCUCCGGACUUGGAGACGGUGACAAAGGCCAAGUGGCAGAGCUUCAGUGGAGGAGAAUGGUGGAUGACUUGGCGAAGAAGGGGAAGAUGACCAACUGCCUAGCCAUUUGCGAUGUUUCCGGGAGCAUGGAUGGUGUCCCCAUGGAGGUUUCGGUGGCUCUUGGAGUUUUGGUUUCGGAGCUUAGCGAGGAGCCAUGGAAGGGUAAGCUCAUCACAUUCAGCGCGAAUCCCAAGAUUCAAGAUGUGGUGGGGUCGAGUUUGGCGGAGAAGACUGCGUUUGUGAGGGGAAUGGAGUGGGGUAUGAACACUGAUUUCCAAAAAGUGUUUGAUUUGCUUCUUGAAGUUGCCGUGGCCGGAAAGCUCAAGCCGGAGCAGAUGAUCAAGCGGCUUUUGGUGUUUAGUGACAUGGAGUUUGAUCAGGCACGGAACAAGGGCCCACAAUCAUAUUAUUCACCUUAUCCAAGACCAUCAUAUGGCGCAUAUGGCGCACCAUCAUAUUAUUCAGGUUCAUAUUAUUCAGGUUUUCCACCACCACCAUGUAUUUUACCGGGCGUUGUUGGGACUCCCAGCACUUGGGAGACUGAUUACGAGGUGAUUGUUAGGAAGUUUGGGGAGAAAGGGUAUGGGGAAUGUGUGCCGGAGAUUGUGUUUUGGAAUCUGAGAAGUUCUCCGGCGACUCCAGUGGCGGCAGGACAGCCGGGAGUGGCGCUUGUGAGUGGUUAUUCGAAGAAUAUGAUGAAGGUGUUUUUGGAGGAAGGUAAGAUUAUCAGUCCUGAGGCUGUUAUGGAUCAGGCGAUUGCGGGCAAAGAGUACGAAGAGCUGGUUGUGGUGGAUUGA